UCAGUCAGGCUGGACGCCUCAUGAAGGUGUCUGUCUGAACUAUUGGGUGUGGACUUGACACCCUACUCAAAACUUCUGGAUGAUAUACACUGCUGCUAGCUAUACGUGCAAAAGUGUGACUCGGCAUCGCACCGCCCUCUCGACGCAUCACGGUCUAACCAAAACACGACACCACAAUGACAAGAUACUCAAAUCACAUCCAUCACAUACCCACGUCAGGCGCGCCAGCCUGUCCGCCCUAAUGAAGAAAUACACAUGUGCAGCAACAAAGCCGACCACUCGCACACGCCCUCCUCCCCUGGAAGACGUCUUGAAACAAUGACGGACGCCCAAAAGACUGAGUCAGUCGAAAAUUGACGACGGCAGGCCCGUGUAGUGAGUACUCCACUGACUGCCGGUCAGUCAGUCAACGGAGCUCAGACCGGCUGCUGCCGGGCCCUGCCGCAGCCGCAGAGAGUCCGCGACAACUGGGGCCGCUCCCAUCACCACUGCUUGUAUCAUCCUCGGCUCUGGUGGUGACAGCGCCGCGUCCGUGUCGCGAUGGCCGCCACAAGGAGGGCUCCGGUCAUCUAAACGAUUAGACAGCACGGGUGAAUCGACCAUUAGCCACAGACAUAUAUGCCGUUCAUUGCAGGCCUUUACCUGCAGCAUCCGUCACUGCUGGGCAAGACUGGCUACGGCAAAGCGAUGUCUUUCGCGGACCGAGGUCCACCAGCACAGCUCGCGGACGGAGGUCUACCUGCACAGCUGUGCUCACCUGCUGCGCAGCUUCCGGACGGGAGGUCACUUCCGCAGCUGUCGGAUGGGCGGUCUCUUGCGGAGCAGCUGGAAGUAGAUAAAGCAAUGAACGCAUUACGUACGUGUGGAGCAUUCUUCUCUCUGUCUGUCUGUCUGUCUGUCUGUCUGUGUGUUGUGUGUCGUCCUGGCGUACCCGUCUGAUUCGCCUGAUUGAAUUUGUAGAUGGCGUACUCCAACCUGCUCAAGAUCUGGUAGCACUCUUGCAAGCGGCCGUGGAGGAAUUCGUAGUCGUCUGCAAAGAAGUCGUAUCCCCACGGAAAGUCCUUGGCGUUUCGCUUCUUUUCCAAGCGGGCCCUCUCAAUGCGGGCGCGGGCGUCCUCCUUGUACAUGGAAACGUUGUGAAGGUCCCUCUCCAGGUAGGCGAUAGACUCUCUGAGCCGUUUGGCCGACUCCCUCUUCCAGCGUGCGGCACUUGAAGCUUGCUCUCCACUGCCACAAGCGAAGGUCUCCGAUGAGUCCCGUGUGAAUGAGCAGUGGCACCCAGAGAUGGCGA